AUGGGCAGGGAAGAAAACAAUUGCCCAUGUGAACCUCCAUCAACCACCACCGGAAUCAGCAGAAGAAAGCACCGGUACCCGGUGGAGGAAACCAGACCACCAGGAGAUUCCGAGGUGGGUUGCUCCGGCCAGUCAUGCCGAUCAUGUACCGGCGGGGUGAUCGCCGACUGCGUGGCGGUGUGUUGCUGCCCAUGCGCCGUCGUCAACUUCUUCACCCUCACUUUCCUGAAGCUUCCAUGGAUGAUGGGCAGAAAGUGUUUGGGUUUGGAUAAUAAAAAGAAAAGGAGAAAGAAGUUAAAAAACGACGAUACAGACAAGGACAGAAAUGGAAUUUCGAGAAAAGAUAAGGGAGUAAAUAGGAAAUCUCAAAACUUGGAAGAAGAGGAAAAAGAAGAGUACAGUGCAAGGUUUGAGGCAGAGAAGGUUUGGCUAGAGUUGUAUAAAAUCGAUCACUUGGGUUUUGGCAGGCUCUCCUUCACUGGAAUUCAGUCGCUUGAGUAA